AUGCAGCAUGAUGCCAUCCCCAAUGUGCUGGUCCCUCUUUCGUCCACGUUCAUCAUCCGACGCGACAACACCCAGAGCAAUGGUGCCAACGCGACGGGUGAGGAAGACAAGAAGCCAGCCAGGCAGGCACACGGUCCGGAUACAUGCGGCAUUACUUUUGAUGUCCCCAAUGAGAUGCAUAACAUACAGCAAACAGUUCGGGGUCCUGGUAUUGGCGCGUCUCUAUGGGCUGCAGCAAUAUCAAUGCCGGCGGCGGAUCAUCAAUAG